AUUGUGAGCAUGAUAUGAUUCCCUUCAUUUCAGUUUUGGGAGGUGAUAAGUGAUGAGCAUGGCAUCGACCCCACCGGCAGUUACCAUGGUGACAGCGACUUGCAGCUGGAGAGAAUCAAUGUGUACUACAAUGAAGCUGCUGGCAACAAAUAUGUACCUCGGGCCAUCCUGGUGGACCUGGAGCCUGGCACCAUGGACUCAGUGAGGUCAGGACCCUUCGGCCAGAUCUUCAGGCCAGACAACUUUGUUUUCGGCCAGAACAGCACAGGAAAUAGCUGGGCAAAAGGCUACCACACAGAGAGCCCUGAGGGUGGCAUUAGUUUAGACAUCAUACCCUCUUCCCACAGUCCCACACCACCCUUCCAUGCACCAACUAGUGGGGAACACAGAUGA